UCUAUGGAAGACGCUAGUAGUAUAUAUAAAUAGAAAGAUAGAGUGAGUUAGAGAAGCAGAAAGCUCAAGAAAAAAAAAAUGAUUUCAUUGUUAUUUCCACGGUCUCCUUUGUGCACAGUAGCCAUACUAUUCUACACAUAUGUGUGCAUUCCUUUAGGGAAGUUGAAGAAUCAUCAGUGUGGAGAUGCUAGAUCGCAUGAUGAUGAUGAAGGUUACAACCUAACCAGUGUGAUGUUUGGGGACAAGGAAAAGAAGGAGGAGGAAGAGAUAUGCUGCUCAAUAUGCCUUAUGGAUUAUGAAGAUGAGGAUGCGGUGACACAACUUCCAAGAUGUAAUCAUCUCUUCCAUGUCCAUUGCAUUGAACCUUGGCUUCUCCGUGGCAGUCUCACUUGCCCUCUUUGCAGAUCUUUUGUAUUCUCUCAAACUCAUACUCCUCUUACCCACAACAAUGUCAUUAAUGUUCAUUCCUCUUCCACAUUUCAUCUCUCUCUUGUUUCCUUUUUCUUCUUGUUGUUUCUCCAUCAUCUGAUUGAAUACUUGUUGUAGCCUUCAUUCUUUGUUAGCACACUCAUUCUUUUAUAUAUAUUUACAGUGUAUUGUUUUGUCUCCAUAUGAUGAUUAUUUAAGAAAUACUAACAAAGACAACAGCAGCACUAGCUAUUAAUUAGUUGUACAUCACUCUCUCCUAUGUUUCCCUCCAGAUGAGUUGUUACCUUGCGUGUGAACCAAACAUUUUGGAUGUGUGUCUAAAGCCCAGUCAAUGAUAGGAUUAGUAGAAUCAUUUUUUUGAUGGAAAAAACGGAUCUCAGUCCUUAGUGUUGCUUCAAGCAGGUAUUACUGUAUGGGCCAUAUACAUAUAUAGAUGCAGUAUAGGACAUGAGUUGCUUAUGUCAUUGCCUAGUAAGAUUUUGCUUGCCAUCAGUUAUCUUUUUGACUGUGAAUCUAAGAAAUCUUAGAAGCAGAUAUAUAGCUUAAACGUGCAGCAAGGUGCAGGGGACCCACUUUAUGUUGCGGAAGGACAGCCAAAAUGCUUUGAUCCAGAUAUUGUAGAUGCUACUCCAACUGAAGAUGGGUACAAAUGUGCAUAUUCCAAUAGAUUUUCCACACUCCCUGUCCCCAAAAAUUGAACAAUAUCGAGCUAACUACUUUGGUAUGAUGCAAUAUUGCAUUAUAUAAAACGAUGCAAACUAGUGGUUCUUGUGGAGUAUGGGGGUUGUGUACAGGCUGAAAACGUAAUCAAGCUGUUCCCGGGAACCGUGGAUAUCAUCUAUUCAUCUUCAUGCAUAUCAAGUAGUAGAGCUACCAAGCCUGUUGAACACUCGUAAGGUAUGAUAAAGCCACUCUAGUCAAAAUCAGAACUUCUUUGCAAAAGUGUCCAGCUAUCUAAAUCAGCUGAUAUUCAUCGUGUUACCAUCGUGCAGGUUUUAAAAGCAGUGGCGCCAUUACCACCAAUCCUCCAAAAAAAGGUAGAACAAAAACAAUAUCCUCCUGCAAGUUUAGUUGGAUUAGUCUUCCACUAGACAACAUUACAUGUGAUUCUUUAAAGGUUAUCCUUCUUGGGAAACAUACAUAAGAGCUAAGCUAAGCACUCUUUCCAUGUUAUUAUCAGCAACCUUACAAAUACAAACAUCAGCUAACUUAAGUUAAAAUCAAAAGAAAGAGAGAGAAAAAAAUGCCUAUAUUGACUGACAUUCUAAAUUAAGAAGAAAAAAGACAAUAAAGUGAGAUUAUGAUACAGAUAGGAUGACACCAACAAAGAAUA